AUGAACUCAAAUAAGCGAAUUAACAAAGUCGAAUGCUUUCAAGAGGAGAAAGCAAUACUCUCGGGGAAUAAGAAACAAAAAAUUAAUAACGGUGAAUAUGCUAAACGUUACCGAGAAAAGAAGAAGCAAGAACUCAUUAAGGCACAGAAAAAAACGCAAGAGUUAAUUACAGAAAUCACUUCUUUGCGUGAAAGAAUACUAAACCUGGAAAAAGAAAAUGAGAGAAUGAGCAGAGAAAAUCUUUCUCUGUGUGAGAAAAUACAAAAUUUGGAAAAAGACGCCCUUGAUUUGAAUUGGACUACGAAAAUUUGCGAAGAAAUAAAUAAUUCAACAUUUAAUAAAGUUUUUGCUAUCCCUCUUUUUUUAACUCAAAAUCAAAGUACAUCUUUUAUUUCUCCGAGUCAAGGGAUUAAUAUUUCGUCAUCUAACCAGGAUGCUUUUAAUACAAUUAAUGAAACUAUUAAUAAUACUAUCGAUGAAAAUAAUUCAUCUUUUUAUAACUUCACUUAUUUACGUAACUAA